UCUAACCCUCAGCCAGGCUACAGCCAUAGCACUUACCUGUGUAUAUUUUAUAUAUUUUUUUCUACAACGAAAUUUAUCCUUCCAUUUUAGGAAUCAGUCAUGCCUUUUUCUCCAUGUUUUGAAGAAUAACCAGCAAUCGCAUCGGCAUCAAGAAGAAUCAUUGUAAUAGAUGGCAUAUUGCUCUGAACCUAUUUCUGAAUGGGGAAGCGCCAAAGACAACAACAUGAGAUUCUCGCGUCGCCUUGGCUCUCAGGUCAUAAUUGGAAAGACAAGGGAGCGAGUCGGUGGGUACGACGGAAGGUAAGGUUUUGGAAUUCAAGUGCUUUUCUCCGGGGCAGCGCUCUUCAUGUUAUCAGUUCUCAACCUACGCUUAUUUUGUUUGUACAAGUAGGUUUCUGAUAACCUGGAGAUGAUCCAGGAACCGACACCUAACCUGAUGUAUUAAGAGAGAGAAAAAAGAGAGAAAAACGCUGACGUUAAAGAUAUGUGUAUCAACAGUGACACCAAAAUCUGGUCUCGGUUUCCUCGAACACUAAAUGAUGACUGAAGGCGAACAAGAAGAUGACUUUCUGCCAGGAACCGAUGUGGGUAGCGACGGCUGGGGACCAGUAGGCUGGUGGGAAGAUGCAGCUGUUGAUGAAAACUUCAACCCCCGAGACUACAGAGCUUUCGGCUGGCCUUUCGUGAACGGCCGGUGCCCUCCGCGCUCCGAACUCAGCGGGCAGACCCCCUGUAACUUCGAAUGCACAAAGGACUACCACUGCCCAGACAUGAAGCUUUGUUGCCCCAACGACUGUGGCCGAGUGUGCGUUACUGUCGACAUUAGUGGCCCCACUCGUUGUGGUUGCUCUGCCACUUUCUUCUCUGACCUUACCGAGAGUUACUCCUCACCUACGGACAUCGCCAAGGUCUCUCACUUUGUGUGGAAUGUCCUCCAGGGAAGUCUGUCCCCGUCACUGGAACCCCACCUCUUCUUCGGUUCCCUCAAAGAUAGGGACUGGCUCGGAGCAGACGUGCAGGAUAACUGUCUCUUGGAAUUAAAUGUACAAAGUCAGCGGUUCAGCUAUUCUCUGUAUGACCCCUUUUCGAUGAACAACAAACUGAUGUUUGCCAUCAUCACAGACGAAAAUUCUACCUUCAUGCAAAGUUAUGUGGAUUACUUCCCCGACAUCUUCGACCCGCUGGUUGCCAUCAAAGUCGGCGACACAGACCUCCAGGGGAGGCUGGCCGCCGUAGCCGACUACCUCAUUGAAGUGAACAGUCUGGACAAUCUGACCACGGCUGUCGAAGAGGCCCGAGGCUAUAUCGGCGAAUUCUGCAACUGUCCUGGUAUAUCGCAGACUUCCUGUCCAGAGACUGGAGACUCCUGUGUAGGGGAAUGUGAUCGAUUUGCUUUUAUCUGCGAAGAAGGAAUCUGCCAACGGGAUGUGCCUGAGCCAGUCCCACCGACUUUUAAAAGUUAUUUAGGCAAUUAUUAUGAUGAUAAUGAAUACGACGAUUUUCAUGCUUUCGAUUACGUGAAAGCGGGGGGGCAGCCAAAAAGGAAGCCGGGGUCAGGGGCAAAGCUCUCUCGACACAAGAACGGGUCUCUGCCCCUGGAAGGUGGCAUGAUAUUCCCCGCAAUAAUGGAGAAGAACAGACCCCAAAACGGGCAGCCAGACGAAGGCACCAAUAAGAAAACUUUUGCUGCGUCAACGCCUUGUACUAAACGUCUGUAUCCGUUAUGUGAUGGACAUUUAUCCUCGAAAGAUAAGAAGGACUGUGAGGAGCAUAAGGCGAAGAAGAGUUGUACCGAACCAGAAGCUGGCACCAAUAACAAAAAGUUGGCAGUUCUGGACGAAGGGCCAAAAUUGCAUCUUUACCGUACAUUAGACUAUACAGGGCACUGCGCUGCAGGGUUCUUCAGGUGUUCUGGAAUUCCGAAUCUCUGCCUAUAUGGAGAACUUCUUUGUAAUGGGGAGAGCAACUGCAUGUUUGGCGAAGAUGAGGACGAGAAUUUUUGCUCAACACGCAAGUGCACGGUCACAGAAUUUCGGUGUGAUUCUGGUCAGUGCAUAACGAAGGAACAGGAAUGUGACGGCAAGACAGACUGCUGGGACGGAACCGACGAGCACUGUGCAAGCGACUCCGGCUGCCCGACACCGCGCACUCACUACUGCGGAGGCGCUUGCAUUAACCCAUUGUUCGUAUGCGACUACAUUCUAGAUUGCCCUAAUGGUGAGGACGAGGUGGCUUGUAAUUGCACGGGGUUCAAGUGCAACUCAGGCGAAUGCAUUCUUGAACAUUUAUUGUGCAAUGGCAAAAAAAAUUGUAGAGAUGGGUCAGAUGAAUCUGCUGAAAAGUGUUCAGCUUUUGUUUGCCAAGAAGGCCACUUCAAAUGCAGCAAUGGUGCAUGCAUUCCAGACUUUCAGGUUUGUGACUGUCGUCGGAAUUGCAAUGAUGGUUCUGAUGAAAGUAAUUGCCCAUCUACUCCUGCCUCCUACCAGUGGAGGUGCGACAGUGGUCAGUGUAUUAACGAUAGGUAUGUCUGCGAUGGUGAUAAUGACUGUGAUGAUGAGUCUGAUGAAAGGAAUUGUACAGGGAAUUCAGAGUGUUAUGGGUUCACAUGCAAUUCAGGUCACUGUAUAAGCGGUUAUAGAAGAUGCGAUAUGCGUAUAGACUGUGCAGAUGGGUCUGAUGAAAAUGACUGUGCAGACAAUUUGUGUCCUUCAUACAGAUUCCGGUGUAGCACAGGGCACUGUAUUUUCUCCUCCGAUGUAUGCAAUGGUCGGGAAGAAUGCCCUGACGGUAGUGAUGAGGCAGACUGUGGUAAUUCUGAAGACUGUAAUACUUACCUCUGUACGACAGGAGAAUGUGUUUCUGGUCGUCAACUUUGUGAUGGAUAUUACCAUUGUCAGGACCGCAAGGAUGAAAGUGUCUGCCAAGAAGUUACAUGCCCAUCUGAUCGAUCUUAUAAGUGUGAUUCUGGCGAAUGCAUUUAUUCAUCAUCCUCUUAUAAUCCUAGGUGUGAUGGGGAAAGGGACUGCCGAGAUGGCAGCGACGAGAUGCACUGUGAAGCUGUUCCCUGUCCAACAAAUAAACCAUUCCGAUGUGGGUCAGGCCUAUGUAUUUACGAUUCCUGGGUCUGCGAUCAUUACCGUGACUGUGAGGACGGAAGCGACGAGAGAGGUUGCGACUGUUUUACCGACCAAAUAAGUUGCGAUUCGGGUCGCUGUAUCAGGGCUGAUUCUCAGUGCGAUGGUGUCUGGGACUGUUUGAGCGGCAAUGACGAGAAUGAAUGUGAUCACUUUAAUUGUUCAUCUCAACGUCCAUUAAAGUGUGGGUCGGAUGUUUGCCUUUCUGACUCUACCUUUUGCAAUGAAGAGGCUGAUUGCCCUGGUGAUGUGCACGAAGUGUGCCAAAGCAGAGCGUGUAAUUGGUAUGAAUACCAGUGUGCUUCCGGCGAAUGUGUUUCAGGCAAACGGUGCGAUGGUUACAUUAAUUGUAAAGAUAGAAGUGAUGAGGCCAACUGCAAGGAUUUCACGUGCCCUGACGAGCGACCUUUUCACUGUGGAUCAGGGGAGUGCAUCGUUCAGUAUCAAGUUUGUAAUGGUUAUCGAGCAUGCAAAGAUGGAAGUGAUGAAACAUUCUGCAGUAAUGAAACUUGUCCCCCUGAGCGUAAAUUCUAUUGCACAUCCGGUGAAUGCAUUUACUCAAGGGAAGUUUGCGAUGGAUAUGAAGACUGCAAAGAUGGAAGUGAUGAGGUAGAAGGCUGUGAGAUCUUGUGUCCAGACAGCUUCAACAUAUGUAAUGAUGGCAAAUGUUUCCCACCGAACUGGAUUUGUGACUCAAUAAAAGACUGUCUCAAUGGAGAAGAUGAAAAAGACUGCGAUAACUAUAAAAGGCAAUGUGAUUUGCAUCAGUUUAAAUGUACAUAUUAUGAUUUAUGCAUACCCUUGAGUUUUGUGUGCGACGGCUAUUACGACUGCUUCGAUGGAGAAGAAGAGCAGAACUGUACCAUGUCCACCACAAUUGGCACCACGGAAAUCAUUGAUUUAUAAGGAAUUAAAACAAAGAGAAGAUAAAUAGAAGUUUAACAACCUGAUCUUAAUAAUCCAUAAAGAUGACGUAAAAAGUUACUGCAAGAAUAUCUUUUCAUCAUCAAUUUACGGUUCUUGACUAUAUCUCUUUUCCCUAAUUUUAAGUGUACGACUCAUAUAGAUUGCUGAAAAUACAAUAUAUUUUACAUUCUAUGGAUGAAGCUAAAAAAAAAAAAAAGUCGCAUUCACAAGGUAAACAGCUCAUGUAUGUAUAUAGAGCUGCAAGAGGUUGAGUGAAACACAAAACAUUAUUUAACAUGCAUGGUGAUGGUAGAAACUAUGAAUUUGAAAUAAUUGUUACUUUUCCUUUGUCUGUUUUAUAGUGGUGGGGGCUUAUCAGAGACCCAUCUGUCUAAGUAAUGAAGAUAAUGUAUUGCAGUUAUUCCUCAUUAUAUUGCACCAUGUGAUAAAAAAAAGUAAAAACGCACCGGGAAAUGGGCUUAUGCUAUAUCCUCUAUAUUGUUCUCUUGAAUAAAGACUGCUCAGAA